AUGUUCUCGGUCCUCUCGUACGGGCGACUGGUGGCCCGCGCCGUGCUCGGCGGCCUCUCGCAGACCGACCCCAGGGCCGGCGGCGGCGGCGGCGGCGGCGGCGGCGACUACGGGCUGGUGACGGCGGGCUGCGGCUUCGGCAAGGACUUCCGUAAGGGCCUCCUGAAGAAGGGCGCGUGCUACGGGGACGACGCGUGCUUCGUGGCCCGGCACCGCGCCAGCGUCCUUUCCUUAGGGGUUGCGGAUGGCGUUGGUGGGUGGAGAGACUAUGGAGUGGACCCAUCUCAGUUCUCAGGGACUUUAAUGCGAACGUGUGAGCGUUUGGUGAAGGAAGGCCGGUUUGUGCCGAGUAAUCCCAUUGGAAUUCUCACCACAAGCUACUGUGAGUUGCUGCAAAAUAAAGAACCUUUGCUUGGUAGCAGCACCGCGUGCAUUGUGGUGCUGGACAGGAGUAGCCACCGCUUACACACAGCCAACCUGGGGGAUUCCGGCUUCCUAGUGGUUAGGGGUGGUGAAGUUGUGCACCGGUCUGAUGAGCAGCAGCAUUACUUCAACACUCCAUUCCAGCUCUCAAUUGCUCCCCCAGAGGCCGAGGGAGUCGUCCUGAGUGACAGCCCGGAUGCUGCUGAUAGCACAUCAUUCGAUGUCCAGUUAGGAGACAUUAUUCUGACGGCAACAGAUGGACUCUUUGACAAUAUGCCUGAUUAUAUGAUCCUCCAGGAGCUAAAGAAGUUAAAGAAUUCGAAUUAUGAGAGUAUACAGCAGACUGCGAGGAGCAUUGCUGAGCAAGCGCACGAGCUAGCCUAUGACCCAAAUUACAUGUCACCUUUUGCACAGUUUGCAUGUGACAACGGGUUGAAUGUGAGAGGUGGGAAGCCAGAUGACAUCACCGUCCUCCUGUCUAUCGUGGCUGAGUAUACAGACUGACCGGCCGAGCUGUGACUCCUGUCCUUCCUGUCGCCGCCUCACUUUCCCCAGCCUUGUGCGCUGAUCCUGCUGGCGGGAGACCGCAGUGGCCUGUGAUCAAGUGUGACGCAAGCCUGGCCCAUUUGCCCCAGCGCCUGAGGUCUUUGUUGAGAACCACUAUUGUCGUUCACUUGCUGUGCCAGUGGGCAGCAGCUGCAGGGAGCAAACGGGAAGGGGGCCUCCGCCUCUUAAGGAGGGAGGGGUUCCAAACCUCUUACUUUUCGAAAGCAGUUAAAUGAGUAAUGUUGGCAAAGUGGGUUCAAAAUUACAGUGUGUUAAAGGAAUUUUAAGUCUUACACCAUUCAUAUGUAAUGAUAAGUCUACUAGGAGCAUACACUGUGUGUCACCUGAGUGCGGCAGGCCUCACUUUGGAUAUGGCUUGGUGUUUUCACCUGGAGUUUAGAACCCUGCUCUGAAACAGCUCCGGGUUGCUAUAUCUCAAAUUGGAAGAAAAUUUAAAUUUUAGGUCUGUAGUUACAAAUACUCCAUGCUUUUUAAAAGAUGCUUAAUUGUAUUCCUGUGGUUUAAGUUUUGGCAUUUUUUUGGUUAGUCCAAAUCACAGGCUGGUGGUGGCCAGGGGAGACUCCAUACCUGAAUUUUUAAAUGGAAAUAGUACUCAAGAUUAUGAAACCUCUCAAAGCCUACAAGUUUAAUGUUGUAGUUGAAAUCCACAUGCGUACCCUCACAACCCCCGUCUGUGAGGGUGCCCAGGCCUCGUGGGCUGAGACAGCAGCCAGAGCUCGAGCUACACACUGGCUUUGGGGGGCUGUGGUGCUGUGGAGGGUGCUCGGCCUCCCUGGGAGCCUGGCUUCCUCAGCGCAUGCGCCUUGCCCCUUGAGCCCACAGGAAAGCUCCUGGCGAUAACCUGACCUGUGCUGUUACCCUGGGCAAAAGGGAGGGUUUCUGAAUCAAGCUUAAUGUUUACAGUUUCCGAAGAGCCAUUUUGCCGUGUAUAGUCCCCUCCAAACCACCGCUGGUUUCCCUUACCUGCAAGCGCAAACUUAUUUUUAAAAGGUUGUAUACAAGUGGACAGUUGUAUGUAAAGACAUAUAUUUUUGGGUCCGUUUUUUUCCCCCUUCAUUAACUUGGUGGUAGAAAUAUAUAUAUACUUAGAAUCCUUAAAUUAAAGCCAUGUUUUAUAUAUGUCAGGUAAGGCUGGUGUACAGAUGCGAACGCAGCGAGGCCUGCCAAGAGUGUGGAGGAAGCCGCUGGCAUUAGAGCUUAGCUUGAGGUUACCUCAGUGUGUUUUAAAAGAUUUUGUUUGUGAAUUUGUACUGUAUAUUUGAGUAACUGUCAAGCUUUUGUUUUAUUUAAAUUGUUGAACAUGUACCAUGUACAUGUCAUUACUAUAUUUCAAUGCAUCAUGCUUGUAACAGGCAUUUCAUUAUAAGAAUGAGUUAUUCAUUUGUAAGCCGUUCAGUAAUUUAUCUACUAUUCCUAAAUUGGCAUAAUGUUAGAUAUCUAUUUUGAAUCACCUUUACAUGUCAGAAUGCCUUAACUACCCUAACUUGACAGAACAGAAUCUUUGGUGAGGAGGUGGGUAGGGUUGGAGACUGCUUUCAUCAGACGGGCCUCCGUGGCAAGUGGUAGGGUAUUUAUUUUGCACAAACUGUUUGCAGUCUCUGUGUUUCAAAGGAAAAGAAAGUUGCAUCCAGAGGGGUUUGUAAAAAGGAAUAGCUUCACACUAGGACUGGUGACUUCACCUCUUUUGUUUGGGUUUGUAAUUAUUUUUGCUCAGAUGUAUGUAGCCUUACGAUCUGGAUAUGUUUUCCAUUAAUUUUCCAAUGCUGACAUUUAAUUUCUGGUAAGAGAGAGCUGGUCAAGUUACUGGCUUUUCUCUGCUCCCAUUUUACCCAUCAAACAAUCUUUGUAAAGCUAGAUUAGUGGUGUUUUACACAACUUAUUUAAUCAACUUAUUUUCUGAGCAAUGAUUGUUAGAAAUCGACAGUGUGGUUCCAGUGACACUGAAAAACAGGGGCAAAGAACUGGGUUUCCCAGUGGACUUGACUUUGGACCUGGCCUGUGGGUUAGUGAGGGGGAAUUCUCUCCAUAGCCCUGUCCUUUUUGUUAAGCACUUACUGUGACUGCCCCGGGCCAGCAGAGUGAGUGUCCUCCAAGGGGCCGAGGCCCUGGCCAGCCCUGGCGGCUCCAAGUCACCCACCCAGGCUUCAGCCGUGCGCCCAGCAGGGUCACUUGGCCCCAUUAAUUCUGCACCUAUGUGUGUUUGUUGUUUUAAAUCAAGCCGUGUAGACACACGCAUUUGCCUCAUGUACUGGACUUUUAUAACAAAAGAGAAAAUUUGGAUUUCUAAUUCACAAAUGGCAAAUUAUACAUCCCUCUUUGGACGCACCAAAGACCCAUAAAGUUUAUAGCUUUCCAUCUAUAUUUAUAAAGCAAUACUGUACUAUACAAAUCAAUAUUUUUAUCACAUGCUUGAAAUUUUUAUUUUGUUCUGUUUUAAAAUGUGCACUCUAAACAUAUCAGAAACUUAUUUCUUCCUGUGAACUUAAGCUGCCUGCGCACAACAAAAAAGAAAAAAAAAAAGAAUUACCAAAUGGAGAGAAGGUGGGGAGAGUGGACAGGCUCUUAAUUAAAACACUGAAAGGAGAAAGGAAGUGGGGGAGAGCAAGUAGUUUGUCCUGAGUCACUGAACUCAUGCCUGUGGUGUGAGACUGGUGGUAAUGAAUAAGCAUCUAUUCCCUGUGUGUGUCUGGGGCUGGGCUGGGCCUAGACGAGAAACUCGGUUCCGACCUCUCCUGCAGCUGCCCUUCUUCAGGCAGUGUAGCCUGCAGAGGCAUCACUGCAGCACCGCCUGCCAGCCUGCCACAUCAGUUAUAAGGCAGGACCGUGUGUGGUCACUGGAGAACCCAGCACCAGCUUCCGGGUCCUUGUCACCCUAUUCCAGCUUUCGCUGAUGGAGCUGCUGCAUUCAGUUUCUCUGGAAACCGAGUCACAUUUUUGCAUUUAACAAAUUUUACAAUACCACAGAAAACAAAACCUGCUUAGAAAACAAAAUAUGAAGCAGAAAACAUUUGGAGUCUGUUUUUUUUUUUUUAAUUCAGUCGGUUGCAAAAUUGAACUUCUCAACUAAAACCAGUGUCCAUGUGAAAAUGUAACUUCGCAGGUAGUGCAUGGCAAGAUGCCUAGGUAGGAAGUGAGCAAAGUUGAGUCUGUGUGUACUAACAAGCUGCUUUUUUUCUGUUGAGACUAUCAUUAUUUGUCUUACCCAAGAGGCAGUUACCUGAAUUGGAUGUCUGAAAUAUAACUUAUGCAGGAAUAGUUCUGUAAAUACAUUUAAAUAAACUGUAAAGAUAUUUAAUAAAUAUAGUA